AUGAAGGCCAUUUUUGUCUCCUUGCUGAUAGUGGCAGCACUGUCAGUCAAACUCAACGUUCCAGGUAACCCAGUCAUCAACGACCUAAACAACUUUUUCACCCUUUCUACCCAGCAGGCUCAGGGAGCCGUCACAUAUUCCUGCCAGGGAUUGCCCCUGGGAUUCAUCCUCAAUGGCAACCAACUCACCUACGCCGGAAACGCCGCCAUCCAGGGCCAAUUCCCCGUGAAAGUGACAGUUACCGACGCCAACGGACAGACCGACACCCAAGUCAUCCUGCUGAAUGUUAACUUCAGCGGGAAGGGAUCAGUGACCUAUCCCUCCACAGCCAGCUACCAAGCCGUCAACGGAGCGCUAAACAAGAUUUCAACCGUCUCGAUCUCUGACUCUUCUUCGGGAACUGGCUCAUCCACCUCAUCAUCUUCAUCAUCCAGCUCUACCGCCAGCAGUUCCACAUCAUCCUCAAGUUCAUCGUCAUCCUCCGCUUCCUCCUCACCUGCCUCACCAGCCUCAGAUUCGACUUCUGGAGCUCAAAUCCUGUCGGUCAACGGAGUCAACUAUAAUUUUGGCAAUUCACUAAGCUUGAAUCUGAAUGCCAACACAGGAGGAGUCACCAUUGGAACCAUUCCUUCCACAUCCACCACCUCUACAUCUUCUGACAUCAACAGCCUGGUCAGCCAGUACAGCCAAAAUGGAUCGACAAUCACCACCACUACCCAGACAAUUAGCUCAUAUCCUACCGUUGUGGUCACUGGAACUCUUCCCAACGCAGUUCCAAACACCCAAGUGCUCCAAAUCGCAACUGGACAAUCUCCCCUUGGAAACCAGGCAAUCAAUACUCUUUCAGAGUACGAUCGCAACAUCACUGACCUCUUCAACCAACAGACCCAAGUCAGCCAGACCAUAGCUAAUUUGCUAGAGAUCAUCAGACAAGUGACUGCCAACAGACAAAAAGCCCAAACAGACGUGAAUACCUUCACUGCCUCACUCAAUACUGCUGUAAACAACCAACAAAAUAUUUCACUUACUAUCACCCAAGAAGAAGGAAAAACUCAAGGCAUCCAAUCGGCCAUUACUGGAGCCACUGCACAGCUCGAUUCACUCAAUACUCAAAUUGGCAAGGUUAAUGGGCAAAUUAACGCUGCUAAGGCCAGUGGUCUUGCUCUUACUCAGCAAUUGAGCGUGGCUUUAAAUAACCAGAACGGAAUUAAGAGUCAAAUCACUACCGUUACCAACAACAUCGCCACCAUCACUUCCAGCCUCCAGUCUCAAUCCCAGACCUGCUCGCAAGCCAACCAAGCCAUCAUCAUUCUGAAGGGUAACAUCACUGCUCUCCAAAACAGCAUCGCUGGCAUCGACGAGCGCGUGGCUGGAAUCGACAAUGACAUUUCAGGAUACAAUGCGCAGAUUGCUGCUCUCCAGCAGCAGAUCAACGCCCUCAACGGUAAGAUUGCCCAGGCAAACACAGACAAACAGACCCUUAUCAACCUCAAAUUCACCGUCCCGCAACAGGUUGCCAACAUCAAUGCUCAGAUCGCAGCUCAACAGGCCAACUGCCAGAACACCUACACUCCUGCCGACCUCACUGCUGCCAAUACCCAACUCACCACCCUCCAGCAGCAGCUCGUGAAUGCCAACAACCUUGGAGACGGCAUCAGUGCUAACAUCACAGCAGUAAAGGGGCAACUCACCGACCUGCUCAACCAGAAUUCUCAACUUCAGCAGCAAGUCAGUAAGACUCAAAGCGACAUCAACGCUCUCAAGCAGCAACUCCCUAUCCAACAGUCCUCCCUCAGUAGGCUUUAUCUUCAGGGCAAUCAGGCCUUACAGUUAGUGCAAUCUACUAACUCUUCACUCCAGGCAGCAGUAGCCCGCUAUCAGAGAGAAAGCGCAGCGCUUACUGCAGCUAACUUACAACUGCAGCAUGCUCGCACCCAACAGCAGCAACUAAGCCAGAAGAUCAACUUAAUCGUUCAGGAAAAUUCUGCGGGAUUGCCCUUCCCAUCAGCUCCUGCCCCUUGCGGUCUCAAUAGGCAACUGGCACAAAUAAACAAUAUAGACUCCAUAUCGCUCUACCUUCUCUUGGCAUAUGGAUCUGGGCUUGAUUUCAGUCCCCUCAGCGGUUUCUCCAGCCUGAGGCAACUCUACAGUUUCGCCAGUAGUUCUAACUUCCGUUCGAACUGUCCCGACUUAAUCCUUUCCGGAUCAUCUGCUUAG